AUCUUGCUCUCGGUUGUCAUGGGUUUCAAGUAAACUUGAUCACAACACAUGUUGUAUUAUUCAAUGUUACUAUAAUUUUUUUAAAUCCUUAGUUAAUUAAAUUCUUCAUUUUUGGAGAAUGGCCUCAGAUUCUGAUUCAACUAAACCGAGCUUUUUUGAAAAAGUGGAAAAAAAGCUGAAAAUAUGGAUGAGUAAACCUAAAGAUGAAGUCGGUAAAACCACCAUUGCUUCUUCCACAAAAUUUGAAGAUCUGUUUCCUUUCGAAAAUGACCUUCCUGAAGUCCGUGAAGAGAAAUUUGACAAUUUAUCUCGUCUUUGGAAACCUCAAUCUGACCUGAAUGGAUUUACUAUGAGUCCAUGGGCGACGAUAUUUGUCUCUAGUUUAUCGCAAGUACCUUUUCUUCGUUUGGUUCGCAGUUCAUUGAAAGUUAUUCGAUUCAACCCGAUUAUUGCUGUCUCAACAACCGUAGGAUUUGCUGGAAUUAGUGGCUACGUAAUUUUGACCAAUCAACUUAAUCAAAUCGUUCGUGGUGAAGUUUAUUGUGCCGAAUGUCAUCUCAUUCGUACUGGUGCCUAUCAAUUCUUAUGUACAGCUCUAAUUCCAUCUAUCAACUCGAUUCUUGCAUCACUUUUCAGUGCUAUGCAUAACCCUGGAAUUCCUCUUCCAAUUGAUACCUUAAAAAAUUGGGCUUCUUUCAAAGAAGCGUUGAAAAUAACUGGUCAAGCUAUUGGCAAUAAGAAUAUAAUGCUCACAUUUUUGCUCAUUUCAACUCUAAAUGUUGCACAAGGUGUAGGUUUUGUUUAUUAUGCUAUGAAACAAUAUCACGAUGUUCAUGCCAGGUUGUUAAAAGAGGCCAGAGAAGGCAAACCAUUCAUUUAAUCUUUAGAAAGGUAGAGUGAGAUGAAACAAUGUUGAUUUUUGUAAACAUUUAGCAUUCAGAUAAAUACAAGUAGGGUUAAGGCCUAUUCGUACAAAAAAAUAUCUGACAAAUUCUAAUCCUUGAAUAUGUAGUAGAUUGUUUAUUUGCCCUGAAGUAAGGCGCGUCUGUUUAGACUCUAUGGAACAGGGUCAGAAACUUGAACAUUUAAAUUAAGAUUUGAGACUGUGUUUGUGGGUGCAUGAAAACUGAAUCCAUUAGUUUCAUUAAAAAAUUUCUUCGAUCGACAGUGCUUAAGAUAAAAGUUGAAACUUCGAUCACCUUUUGUACAGUUGUGUAAUCAGAUUUUUUUGAUUAAAAUCAUUUUUCUGAUGCAAAUUUGAUGGUCAUCGAGAAAAUUCACUCACA